AUGGAACCAAGCGUACGAUUGGUUAACGAGGAUCUAUGGACGAAAUUCCAUGAGAACACCACUGAAAUGGUGGUCACGAAAACUGGCAGAAAAAUGUUCCCCAAAUUGGAAUACUCGAUAGAAGGACUAAAAGCCAGUCAAGCCUAUGGAUUAGUCCUUCAAAUUGAGCAAAUUGAUGAGAAUCGAUACAAAUUCUCCGGUGGAGAAUGGAGUGCGGCGGGACGUGGUGAAAAUGGUGGUGUCGCUAAGAAUGUGAUGCACCAUGAUGGUGUGAUGCCGGGCGCACAUUGGAUGCGUCAAGCGGUGAACUUCGAACGCGUCAAAAUCACAAACAAUCCGAAUGAUACGAAUCCAAGUCAUAUUUUCCUCCAAUCCAUGCACAAAUAUGUUCCGGUGCUGAGUAUUUUUGAAAUCGCUCAGUCCGACACUCCGUUUAUGUCGACAUCAACGAGUCAACCACCGAAACAGAUUGCCCGGAUACGAAUCCCGGAAACGGAAUUCGUGGCAGUUACUGCUUAUCAAAACAGUACCAUCACUCAGUUGAAAAUAGAGCACAAUCCGUUCGCGAAGGGAUUUCGGGACGGCGGUGAGCGGAAGCGAUCGACACCGGAAAGCUACGCGGCCACGCCCUCGCCGAAACGCAUCUAUUCACCGAACAACUACACAACAACGACGGAUAAAUCGUUGCCAGUGCCAGUACCACUACUUCCAAGUCCUGCCCCGUUACCGCUUGCGCCCAUGUGGCCCGCAUUCUAUCCCACCUACUGGAGUCCUUAUUCCUACAUGUUAAAUCCGCUAUUGGCGCGAUUUGGCGCAGCGCCAAAAUAA